GAGAGAGUUUUGCAAUGUUUGGACAGAGCCGUAGUGUGUGGAUUCACAUCCAAGUUGGGUUGGAAGGUAGCAUGGCAGUGUUUAGUGCAGAAAGGAAUGGGAUUCAUCUCGGAGAUGAGCGGCUGUUUGGGUUAUCACCAGUUUGUCACCAGGAGGACGGGCGAAGCAAUCUAUAGAAGACUGUCAUGGAGAAGUGUGAGACAAAAUGUAGAGCAGUAUACUCCGGUUGGGGGGUGCUUCCCAUUUUGAGUUUCAGGCGGUUUUGUAGCAGAAAAACUUGCAAAAGGUACUUCUAACGCCGGCAGUAACUUCAUGAAAAGAUCCCAGUUGUUUCAUUCAGGGUAACAGCCCCGUUACCCCUAUCAUGCCCCAACGGAGACAAAUUACUAGUCUUUUUGUUCACGGAGAAUUACGCGGUGAUUGAACCUGGAACUUAAUUUGCAAAGCUACACAAACUUUCUACAUUACCUAAGACAAAUUCCUUCCGGGAGCUUCUUAGAAAGAAAUGCGCAGGCGCGCAGCAGCACCAACGCCCUACCGCGGAAGCUGUUUCCGGGAUACGCCUCCUUUGCCAUUCCGGCUUCCUCGGAUUGUGAGAUGCAGUUUAUGUUGCUUUUUAGUCGUCAGGGAAAGCUUCGACUGCAGAAAUGGUAUGUCUCACUAUCAGAGAGAGAGAAGAAAAAAAUCACAAGGGAAAUUGUUCAGAAUAUUUUAGCACGUAAACCUAAAAUGUGCAGCUUUCUCGAGUGGCGAGAUCUGAAGAUUGUUUAUAAAAGAUAUGCUAGCUUGUAUUUUUGCUGUGCUAUUGAGGAUCAGGAAAAUGAACUGAUUACUCUGGAAAUAAUUCAUCGUUAUGUGGAAUUACUUGACAAAUACUUUGGCAGUGUGUGUGAACUUGAUAUCAUCUUUAAUUUUGAGAAGGCUUAUUUUAUUUUGGAUGAGUUUCUUUUAGCGGGGGAAGUUCAGGAAACAUCCAAGAAAAAUGUCCUAAAAGCAACUGAGCAGGCAGAUCUACUUCAGGAGGAAGCUGAAACCCCAUGCAGUGUUCUUGAAGAAAUUGGGCUGACAUAACUCUCAUCCCUUGUUGAUGACUUUUUGUGGCAUUUCACACACCAUAGAUGUCAUUGCUAUACUUCUCAGAGUUACCUAAUAGUGUUUGUUAAAUGAUGUCAUUGUUACUGUUUUAUAAGCCACUUCUUCAAACCUACACAAAAACAUUUUUUGUUGUUGUUCCCCAGAGGAAACUUUGGUUAACCAAUAAAUAAGUUACUUUAAAUAUGAAUUAGCCUGAUGGAGCACAGAAAAGAUGCCUUUUAUGGAUAUUUUAGUUUGAAUGUUCUCUUACAUGACACACAAACACACACACACACACACACACACACACGUAUAUAUGUAAAAUUUAGGUGAUAUACAUUUAUUACAUUACUGUUUUUGGCAAAGAAAUCUGAAAUUAAAUAAUGUGAAAAGUAGUAUUAUAACUAAAAACCAAAGAAGCAUUUCAGUAUAUAUGGGUAGAUAUAUUGCAAAUUAAUGAAAUUUUAAUAACUCAACUAGAACUUAAUAUAUAUAUAUAUCAUAUAUGUAACAAUAUCUAUAUAUUAAUAUGUAACUUAAUAUGUACAUAUUAAGUUCUAGUAGAUCUACACACACACACACACAUACACACAUAUGUAUACAUACCAAAGACCUGUUGGAAGUUAUGUAUCUUAAAACACAACCAAUUCCACAUAAUUUAAGUGACUUUGUUAGAACAAUGUUAUUUCACGCUAAAUAUUAUCACUUAGGGAUUUUGAGCCUGGGGCCAGAUAGGUCGUUCCAUGAUAGUACUUUUUUUUUUUUUUCUUUCUGUGGCAAGAACAUAUGACUAUGAAAAGUUCUUUGUGAUCAUAAUAAUUUGGUCACUUGUUUUAAUAUUCCAAGAAAAAGUAAAAUGGCUGUCAGGAAUUCUUCAUAACACUAUUUUGACAAUAUACAUUGUUCAUACCACAAAAUGUGACAGAACUUACUGUUUAAAGCAAGAAUGUUCCUUUGGGAGUGCUUGCUACAACCAAAUUUAUUUUGCACUCUGCUACUCUACUGCUUCCCUCCACAUAGAAGUACUGCAUAUUUUAGGGCAAUUUCCUUCUGUGGCAUAUGACAUUUUUCUGAUUAUCAAAAGGCUUAAAAACAAAAAACACCUCUCAAGUAAGAGUUGAAUGAGCUAAAACAGCAUUAGUAGUGCCUAUAAUUUUAAGUUCUGUAACUUUCAUUGUCACUUUUACAAAUACUUGUGUAUAUGUAAAAAUGUCUUCACAGUUUACAGUUUGACAUGUAUAAGUUCUGUGCUGUGUUUAAUCGUUCUUGUGCUGAUAUUCAGUCUAUGUAGCAUUAUCUUGCCACAUUACCAAUUGGUUGUAAUAUUUAACACACCAUUCUAUGUUUUUAUGUGUUUCUGAAAGUAGUUAAGCUAGGGAGAGUUUGUUAAGGAAGCACUUUAAAUUUUUCAGUAAAAUGUUAAAUACUCAUUUCCAUUUGAAUGUAGAGUUUGUUGUAAGCACACACAAGAUAAGUGGGGAUUUAAGGAGUUUGCAUGCACUUCAAGUUCAUUAAAAAAUGUUAAUUCUUUGCUACCAGAAUUGUGUCUGCGUAAAUAAAUGCCUCUUUUAAAACUUUGA